UGCACUGAGAGGAUCAGCUGAGCAGCAGCAUUGUAGUGGCAAUCCUGGGAAUUUCUUGGCCCUAUUGAAACUGCUUUCAAAUCACGAUGAAAAGCUGAAGCAGCAUUUGGAGAAACCAAAGCUAAAAAAUGCCACAUAUCUAUCACCUCAAAGCCAAAAUGAAAUGAUUGAUGUAAUAGGGAAGCACAUGAUUCAGGCCAAGAUCGUGGAAGAGGUCAGGCAUGCUCAGAUGUACACAGUCCUAGCUGAUGAGGUCACAUCCCAUAAUGAAGAGCUGAUGCCAAUGUGUGUUCGCUUCGUGGACAAAGACUUAAAUAUCAGAGAGGAGUUGCUUGAGAUUUGUACUUUGCCACGGAUCACAGGUCGCCACAUUGCAAGCGCGAUCAAAGAUGUGCUGAGUCAUCUAAGCAUAGAGAUUGCUGACUGUCGAGGCCAGGGGUACGAUGGCGCCAGCAAUAUGAGCAGCGAAAAUGUUGGCGUUCAAGCUUUGAUAAAAAAGGAUGCGCCUAAGGCAGUUUAUAUGCACUGCAAUGGGCAUUGCUUGAACCUUGUCAUUGCACGCUCUUGUGCUCUUCCAGUUGUGCGCAACAUGAUUGAUAAGAUGAAGUACAUCGUCAUGUUCUUCACCUGCAGCCCGAAGAGGGAACACCUUCUCAAGGAGGUUGUAGAUAAGGAGGCACAUUCUACCGGAAAGCGGAAGCCCCUGAUUGACCUCAGCCGCACAAGAUGGGCAGCACGGCAUGAUGCCUACAGUCACUUCUACAGUGCCUUUGUCGCAUCAAGGCUCAUGGGCCUAAUUCCAUCUGUCCAGUGCAACUCAGAUGUAACGGUGGACAUCUCUGAAGCAGUCGCUCUGUACCAAGAUGACUUGCCAUCACCAGAGGUCAUUGACCAGGAGCUGAAACGGUGGAAGUUGAAGUGGCAGGUCAAAGCAUUACACCAAAGACCAAGCUCAUGUGCCUCAGCUAUCAAAGAGUGUGAUGAGAUGAUGUAUCCGAACAUCUUCAAACUCCUGAAAAUUGCAUGCACCUUGCCAGUGACCUCCUGCGAAUGUGAGAGGUCUGCCAGUGUUCUCCGGAGACUCAACACAUUCAUGCGGAGCAGCAUGGGAGAGGACCGCAUGUCAUCCUUGGCUCUCAUCCAUACCCACUACGACAUGGCUCUGGAUCUGGAUGAAGCUGUCGAUCUAUACUCAAAAAUGCACCCAAGACGAUUGGAGCUGAUGAGCGUUCUGAUGCAAUAGAAGCCAUAGAAGAAGAAGAGGGAGACAUGGGGGGUGGGUCAUUUCACGUGAAAUCAGACACUUUGGGGCCCAACCGACACAGAUUUUAAUCAAACUUUGUGUGCCUUCUUAGUGGUAAGGUAGAACCCCAGAACUGCAUUUGCAUGAAUCUGGCACUAAUAUAAGGGAGAAAUGGACUAAGAAUGUUUUAAGUAAGAGGGUAGGGCACUACACAUUCAACCUUGAUUAUUUAAAUUACAAAGAGAUGGUUUUGAUGCUGUUUGAAAGCUCUUUUCUGGAACACUUCAAUUUAUAUCAUUAUUAAUUCAUGUUUAAGUUUUAAUGACCAUACCGAUAGUGUACUUCAUGAAGUAAUUCUUAUCUAUUUAUGUCAACAGUGGAGAGAUAGACAAUAAAGGACAGCAACAACAGACAGACAGAACAACAACAGAGACAGACAAUGGAGGGCAGCAACAGACAGGCAAUGGAAGAAAGCAACAGACAACUGAGGUGAGCAACAGAGACAGACAAUCACAGAUGUAGGAAGUUUGAGUAACACUUACAUUUAUAUCAAAUUCUUCAUUCUUGUUAAAGUUUUAAUGACUAUAGAGAUAGCUCAAUUGAAGCAAUUCAUGUCCAUUUAUGUUAACAGUGGGGAGCAACAGACAAAAAAUGAAGGACAGCAACAACAGACUCACAACAAACUUGACGAUGAAUAAAAUAUGUCUAAAUUAAAAGAUUUGAAGUGUGCUGGUGUAUUUAGGGGGCAUUGGAGUAGGGAGCCAAAUGAAGUCCACUUUCGGGGGGAAAAGAUCCCCCCCCACCACAAUGCUGGCU